UCCAUACUAAUCCCAACCAAUGGCCACUACUCCAUACUCAUCCCAACCAAUGGCCACUACUCCAUACUCAUCCCAACCAAUGGCCACUACUCCGUACUCAUCCCAACCAAUGGUCCACUACUCUGUACUCAUCCCAACCAAUGGCCACUACUCUGUACUCAUCCCAACCAAUGGCCACUACUCCGUACUCAUCAUCCCAACCAAUGGCCACUACUCUGUACUCAUCCCAACCAAUGGCCACACUACUCCAACUCAUCCCAACCGAUGGCCACUACUCCGUACUCAUCCCAACCGAUGGCCACUACUCCGUACUCAUCCCAACCAAUGGCCACUACUCCAUACUCAUCCUAACCAAUGGCCACUACUCUGUACUGAUCCCUCAAGGUUCUGUCCUUGGACCCCUUCUCUUUUCCAUCUACACCUCCUCAUUUGGUCACUUAAUAAACUCCCAUUAUCUCUAUGCUAAUGACAAACAAAUCUAUCUUUCUAUCCCUCACCUCACCCCUUCAGUCUCCUCUCACAUUACUAACC